UGCUCGAAUCAUGGGUGUAUACACAACUUGUCAUGUUCUUCUUGAACUUUUAAUUUUUGCCUCAUUGUUGCUCAGAUCUUGUUCAGCUCUGGACAGAUUUUCUUCUAACUACGUUUUUGGAGAUUCUUUGGUUGAUGUUGGUAACAAUAACUACAUUGCAAGUAUUGCCAAGGCAAAUUACUUACCAAAUGGACUUGAUUUUCCUCCCAGACUUAAUCCCACAGGACGAUUCUGUAAUGGAAGAACGGUCGUCGACAUUAUAGGUCAAGAAUUGGGCUGGAGAACUUUCACUCCGGCGUACUUGGCACCAACUACAGUGGGAGACGUUGUUCUUAAUGGAGUUAAUUACGCGUCCGCAGCUAGUGGAAUUCUUAAUGGAACGGGCAUGAAUUACGGUGGACGUAUCAACAUGGAUUGCCAGCUUGACAACUUUGCGAAAACAAGACAAUACAUAAUCUCAAAAAUGGGUUCUUCUGCGGCUUCAGAACAUCUAGGAAACGCUCUAUUCUCUGUCACAACUGGUUCUAAUGACUUCAUUAAUAACUACUUGUUAAGUCCUACAACUGCAGUCUUCGUUAACCCUGAAACAUUUGUUAAUCAAAUGAUUGCAAGAUUCGAUAUUCAACUCAGAAGACUAUAUGACAUGGGUGCUAGGACGAUUGUUGUUGUAAAUGUAGGACCAAUUGGUUGCAUUCCAGAUCAACGGGAUAAGAACCCAUUGGCCAGAGAUUCAUGUGUCGAUUUGCCGAAUCAAUUAGCAGUAUUAUUUAACAAAAAAUUGAAGGCUCUUAUAAUGGAAUUGAACUCCAAUCUUGCGCAAUCUAAGUUUUUGUAUGCAGAUGUUUACAGCAUUGUUUCUGACAUCAUUCAAAAUUAUCAAUCUUACGGUUUUGAGAAUUUUGAUAGUGCAUGUUGUAGACUUGCGGGUAACUAUGGUGGUUUGGCUCCAUGUAUUCUACUUUCCACUAUUUGUCCGAACCGAUCUAAGUAUGUAUUUUGGGAUCCAUUCCAUCCAACUGAUGCUACUAAUUUCAUUAUCUCCAAGAGAUUACUCGACGGAGGUUCUAACGAUAUUUACCCGACAAAUAUUCGGCAACUAAUGCAGGGUAAUUAGAUAUCGUGUGACCUCGUUACGUAAAACAUUUAAAUGUGUAAUAAACAGCAUGGACACUCUGCAUUUUCCAGAAACCAUUUGUAUCCAGUGAAGGAAUUUAACAUAAGUAACAAAGAAAAUUCCACUACAUAAAUGGGAGUUAAAAACAUAAGCUCUAU